CUCGGUUCGCCCGGCGUUUGCAUUUUCUACCUGCUCUCCUUCCGUCUCCUCCCUGUUUUCUCUCUUAACUUUCUUCCUGAUGCGAGGUAGGCACUGCCCUCUCAAACCGGCUGCCCUGGAUCCACCGGUGACACCCGGAAAACCUUGGCUGGAUUAGUCUCUCUCUCUUUUUUUUUUGUAUGGAGCUUGGCCCCCCUUUUAUCCUUCCUUCCCCCCCUUUUCGGCUAUGGCAACCUCACCCAAACCCUCCCGGAUCCUUCGGUGGGAUUCGGCCCACCGCUCUCUGGAGAAAGCCCUCCAGGGCCUGGCGAAGCUCCAGCAGUUGGUAAGCCAGCCAAGGCUGGGCCUCCGGAACAGCCCGCCACACCUGCCUUCCCUCCUGCCCCAAAUGCACCAGCACCUGAGGCUUAUUCGGGAGCAGUACGGGGCAGGUUUGGCCCAGCUCUGGGAGGGAGAAUAUUUCCGCAUCUUCCUCACCAACUUGCUGGCGAAGCUGAAACAAGCCAUCCGACUCUUCAGGAAGGAGAAAGAUGAAAUCUUCCAAGAAGGUUCAACGUCCAGAAGGAACCUCACCAAGCUUUCGCUGAUCUUCAACCACAUGCUGGCCGAAGUUCGGGCCUUGUUUCCUGACGGGAAAGACGGAGGGAGCACUUAUCAGCUCAACAAAUCAGAGGCACAAUCCUUCUGGAGAGAGACGUGGGGUGGAAGAAGUUUGGUAUCCUGGGCUGAAUUUCGAGAAGGCCUUCAUCAUAUCCACCCUCUGGAUCCUGGGCCGAUGGCCAUGGCAUUGAGGUCUACCAUUGAUCUCACCUGCAACAAACACAUCUCUGUCUUUGAGUUUGAUAUUUUCACCCAUCUCUUCCAGCCUUGGCCAACCCUGCUGAAGAACUGGACAUGCCUCGCCGUGACACAUCCGGGGUACAUGGCCUUCCUCACCUACGACGAAGUCAAGGCGCGUCUGCAGGCAUACACCAGCAAGCCGGGCAGCUAUAUCUUCCGACUCAGCUGCACCCGACUCGGCCAGUGGGCUAUCGGCUACGUGACGGAGGACGGGAGCAUCUUGCAGACCAUUCCACAGAAUAAACCUCUGUUCCAGGCACUCAUUGACGGGUCGAAGGAAGGCUAUUACCGGUAUCCGGAUGGAAAGAACUUUAACCCAGAUCUGACAGACCUGACGGAGGUCUCUUCACAGAACCGGAUUCAGGUCUCCCAGGAACAGUUUGAACUCUACUGCCAGGUGGGCUCCACCUUCCAGCUUUGCAAGAUCUGUGCGGAGAAUGACAAGAAUGUCCGGAUCCAACCGUGCGGGCACCUGCUUUGUAGGGGAUGUCUUGAUACUUGGCAGCUUUCCGAAGCCCACACUUGCCCUUUCUGCCGGCGAGAGAUCUCGGGCCACGAGGACAUCUUCAUCGACCCCUUCACCUGCAAGGAAGAGGACCACGCCAGCCUGGAGGAAGACGAGGGUGAUCUGGAGGACGUGGCAUCUGUGCUCCAGGAGAUGGCCACCAUGCGCCAGAGGAAAGAGCCAAUAAGUAUAGCUUCGGCCCCAUGCCCGGAUCCUGAAUUGCAGAUACCCCCAGUCCCCCCUCGAGGGAAUUUGCCAUGGCAAAAGAAGGUCCCUCUACCUAAUCCUAGCUAUCAGGGCAACGGUUCUGCCCAGUGGAUCCGUAAUCGACCCUUGCCGAGAUCUCCCCCAAACUGCCUCCCUUCAUCAGCUCCAUGGGAUAUCCCAGCCGCUUCUCCAUCUCACGGGGAACGCCAAGAGCCACAGCAGCCGACCUGAAAAGGUCCGGGCGGUCAGUAAAAGCAGGGUUACUGCAAAGCCUGUCACCGUUGAGUCUGGAUUGCAUCGUCCAAGGGAGCACUGCCACAUGAAAUCAUGCACUACUCAAAUGUUGUUGAUGGGAAGUGAUUGUUCUUUCUGCCGACGGUACUACAGUCCUGACAUCACAAGUGUUUCUUGGUGGCAAAGGGUCCUAUUGGACAGUGUCCAUGUCAUUACACCGUAUCGUGAAUCAUCAGACUGUUCAUUUCUACUUCAAAUUCUUUCGGGCAGAUUGCUGAUUUUUUCCCCCCCACAAGUUGCUUUUCUGCCUUCUUUUUCUUCUGAAGAUUGGGCAUGCUUGCUUUCCAGCAGGCUGAUUUGCCAAAGACUUCUUAUUUCAAAGACUCUGGAUUUCAGGCAGAACUCUGCCUGUUAGAAGCAACACAGCUUCAUUUUCCUGGAAUUUCAAAUAUCCAUCCUCCAUCUGAUGUAUUAAACCUCUAUUCAUGAGAGAGAGAGAGAGAGAGAGAGAGAUUGAUGCUGUCUUCGCCCACUAGGUGGCAUCAGUGUCCCAGUGACACAAACUGAAUGGAGACCAACUUAAACUAGUGCAGACCUGCCCAAGGAUGCCUUAAAAGUCUCUUUUUCGGUUUUUGGUGGGUUUUUAAAAUAACACUCCUUGUUUGGUGCAGCUGAUGCAUGUAUGGGUUACAGAAAGAAAGAAAUUAAAAGGGAUGAGCCGAUACUUUUCUUAAAAAUUGAUCACUAUUAAAAAUUCAUCAAAAACA